CGCUUUUGUUGUGCGCGCAUUUGUGGUGGAACCGGGUUUGGUCUAAGGAAAUCUAAUUCUGCUUCGCCUCUAUGGGUGGGAAGGAAGAUGAGUGCUGGAACUCAGAUCUCUGUGUUUUUGUUUUUUUUCCAACAGGUUGCAAUCAAACACAUUGCCAAGAGCAAGAUUACCGAGCGGGCUGAAUUGCCCAAUGGAACUGUGGCUCCUCUGGAAGUAACCCUGAUGAAACUUGUCGGGUCAGGAUCUGGGCACCGUGGUGUGAUUCGCCUCUUGGACUGGUACGAAACUCCCGAUAGCUGCUUCCUGAUCCUGGAGCGCCUUGAGCAUUGCCAAGAUCUCUUUGAUUAUGUCACAGAGCAGGGACCACUCUCCGAGAACCUUUGCAGACACUUUUUCCAGCAAGUGGUCGAAGCAGUAUGCCACUGCCAUGCCCAAGGGGUGGUCCAUCGGGACAUCAAAGAUGAGAACAUUCUGGUGGAUGUGCGCUCCGGCAACCUCAAGCUCAUCGACUUCGGGUCUGCAGCCUUGUUGAGGGAGUCAGUCUACACGGAUUUUGAUGGUACCCGGGUGUACAGUCCACCGGAGUGGGUGGAAUUCCAGCAGUACCAUGCUCUCCCAGCCACUGUUUGGUCCUUGGGAAUCCUGCUGUAUGACAUGGCAUGUGGGGAUAUCCCAUUUGAACGAGAUGAGGAAAUCAUGGCUGCCAAGGUGCAGUUCUGCACUCCCGUCUCUUCUG